UCGUCUGUUUCUAUGACAACGCUUGCCUGAGCGUCAUGAUGACUGCUGUCGAGAUAUUCUCGAGCUCUGUUUAUUUUAAGUAUAAAAGCAGAAUAUGUUCCAUAAACUUUGUUGUCGUACUAUUUUUAAGGAUUUUAUCAUUGCUUACACCGUUCUUUAUUAUUUACAAUGCGGGAGGUUUUUCCUUAAAAAAUCGACUGUAUACAGAAAAACCUGAUGUAUCGUUUAACUAUAAAUAUCUAUUGUUAGCAAAUAAAAAUUACAACCAGAAUCCUGUGGUUUGUUCAACGUUUACAACAUAUAAGAACAAUGAAAUUAAGGAUAACUGUGUACUGAUCAAGGUUCAAGAGAUAGAUACGAACAGUGAUGGUAAAAAGGAUAUUUUAAAGUUCGAAGCCCAUUUUUAUACAGACGAACCCAUACGAUCUCUGAAGCUUUUAUUAUUCUUCAAUUUUCAAUUAAAGAGAUUGUUUGAGGCAAACAUCGAAUCCAUUGCUCUUUUUUCUAACACGUUAGACGGCGAGGUACAAAAUGUAGUAUUUUAUGGUGACUUGAUAUUAGAACAGAAAGGGCUCCUUACCAGCGAGGGUUUAUACGAAACAUAUAAUCACAGCUUAGAAUUAGGCGAUCGUUCUUUAGAUGAACUUCUACUACAGAGUUUUAAUCGUAAAUUUGCAGUUAAAAUAAGCAACGAAUACGUGACGAAACAGCUGGGUGAUUUGAAUGAAAGUGCGGUGAUCGUUAAAGCAGAAUUAAUUUACAGGGAAUAUUUGAUUUAUUAUCAGCCUAGUUUCUGGGAAGAGUUGAAAUGGGCAUGGGUCCAGUAUCUGUCAUGUUUCCUCGUUUUCGCCUAUCUAACAAAACAUAUUCUCAUUUUCUUAUUCUCAAAUAGGUACCUAAACUCAUACGUUGUACUGCCAUGGAAAUAUACCAGAAGAGCCAUGUCCACGAGGUCCAAGGAGAAGGUCGUGGCCGCUUUCCGAAAGUUGUUUCGAUCGUCGGAGAAGAUCUCGGAGCAAGACGGAGCGAGCAGCUCGACGAGUUCACCUUCGAGGAGGCUUCUCAGCCGGCAUCAUCGCCCGGACGCUGUUACUCCGGCCGACGGGUCGGAUAAUUUAGGCGCCGGCAAUUCAAACCACGGGAGUUGCUUCUUCAAAACAAAGAAAUCGACCGGAAGUUCCACGCAGGGAACGGGACAGGCCGGUGUUCCGGACAAGAGAGUUAAUUUGCGCCGGUUGAUGAAGGAGCUCAGCGAGAUUCAGAAGACGCAGCAUCGGCGCGAGUCAACCUUCACUGCGGAGCUGGUUAACGACAAUCUGUUCGAGUGGCACGUGAGACUGCACAAAAUCGAUCCGGAGAGCGAGCUGGCUGCCGACAUGAGAGAGCUCAAUAUACCUUACAUACUUCUGCACGUAGUCUUCCCAGAGAACUUCCCGUUCGCGCCUCCGUUCAUGCGUGUAAUCUCGCCGAGGAUCGAGAAAGGAUUCGUGAUGGAAGGCGGUGCAAUUUGCAUGGAGCUCCUCACGCCUAGAGGAUGGGCAAGCGCGUAUACUAUCGAAGCUGUUAUCACACAAUUCGCGGCUAGCAUCGUCAAAGGCCAGGGUCGCGUGACUAGGAAACCAAAGACGAAAAAAGACGUGCCGUUUAACAGACGUUCAGCCGAGGAAUCGUUCAGAAGUUUAGUAAAAACUCACGAGAAGUACGGAUGGGUGACGCCACCCCUUGCGGAGGGCUAGUCAUUGGGAUCUCCGAAAAGGAGGACUUCGUUGCUAUUUAUAGUUACACAAAGGUUUUGUAUCUGACUAGAUCGUCAAUAUCAUUACCUAUUCUUUCCGGGCGACAAUAUAAUUGCAUUUUAAUUGCAUUACGAUGCUUUCGUGAACGGGGAAAACGGGUGCAAUAUCUGAGGAAGAAACGACGACGAUGGUUGAGGUUGAUAGUUAGAAGAGUUAGACGGAGUCUAAUGAGUCUUUAGAAUGCAUUGAUUCGGUUGAAAUGAAUAACGUUCGAGGCUCAAUUAUCAAGGCGUUAGUAGGUCGCUUAACGGUUUCAUAGCGAGUUAUGAAAUUGAUAUGAACAAUUGUAAUGCACGUAUCACAGUGAUGAAUUUUAUAAGUCUUAUACGAUUAUCGAUAAAUAUUUGUAAGUAUUUUUGUUAAACUGUUAUGAAUGAACGUCUUUCACUCGUCGAUCUUCUUUUUUCCCAUUUAGAAUAUUAUAGCGAGUAUAACGAUUAUAGUGUAAUAAAAACGAUUGAGCUUUCAUUGCGGUGAUUUAUGUUAAAGACUAAGGUGAAUUACGUUCGAACGUAAUAGUUAGGGAAUGUUCACGUAAACGUAAAACUAUGCGAAAUUUACUAUUAACAUGGUAUUUGUGAUAGAGGAAAAAUUUAGUCUUUCGAUUAUCGCAGUAAUUCACUUGUCUGGAACUUCCAUUACCUUGAAAACGAGAUGCCACGAGUCGUGCAUAAAUUUUUAUAUUACCACGAUUGAAAUUUGUAAAAAAGAACCAUAGAAAUAAGUUGGAUUCUUAUUAUGCAGCCAAUUUUCGACAUAGUACAAUAUAUACAAUAAUAAAUAAUUUCCAAAAUUAA